GGCAAAACCCAAAGAUCACCUGGAAGUCUACAGGAGUGAGUACCACCAUGACGUGGGUCAAAUGGCCGAGUGGACAAGGCCCGCCCACACCCCUCUCGUCUACCCACCCCACCCUCUCUGCGGCAUUCCCGUGGUCAACGGCGCCAAAUACAGACUGACCGGCACCCUCUCGGAGCCUCAUGCCUGGCCCUGGGUGGCCUUUGUUCGCUUUGGCCAGCACGUGUGUACGGGCGUGGUGCUGGACGAAAUCCACCUGCUGGCCGCUGCCCACUGCAUCCACCGAGAGCGCUCCGGCACGGCCAUACUGGGCAUGCACUCCUACGCCCAGCGGCACACGGACCCCCACAUCGCCAAGCGGAGCAUCGCCAAGGUCACCAUGCACCAAAUGUUCGACUUCGAGAGCAGGAGACACGACAUCGCCCUGCUCAAGCUGCUCGCUCCGCUCAACUUUACUGACCACAUCCGGCCCAUCUGUCUGCCCACCGCGGGACCCUUUCAACCUGACAUCUCACAGCAUCGACAACAGGGUCACGUGACACAGGGCGAAGGUCACCUGUCACAGAGUAAUAACGAUACGUCACAGAGUACGAAUGACACGAUACAAGGUGAUAGUGACACGUCAGGGAGUGAGGCUGGUGACAGGCCGCAGUACACGAUCCCCUACAAAGAUGACGUCUGCUUCCUCAACGGCUGGAGCAACGUGGAGCACCAGCUCGACAUCUUCACGGAGCACGAGCCCGUGCGGACUCCCAACAGCAAGCUGCACCAGCUGCGGGUGUGGGUCAUGCACCAGUACCUGUGCUGCUACCUGCACCACUUCGUCAACUUCACCAUCAACAACGGGCAGAUGUGUCUGGACAGCACCUGGGAUAAAGGCACCUGCGGCGGGGACUCAGGUGGGGCCCUAGUCUGCCUGCGGGACGGCAGGUACUACCUGACGGGGCUCCUGUCGUACUACGAGCCCAACUGUAACGGACGGGUCAUCCCAGACAUCGUCACAAACGUCCACAGCUAUUUGGACUGGAUAAAAGAAAACAUUAAAGAAACACGCUCGUAGGCCUAUGGAUACACACAUU